CGGGUGGGGUGGCGGGGGGACCCGGCAGCGCGCUGCCCACCCUGCAUCUGGCCAAGGGAAACUACUUCUCCCUGGCUGGCCGCUGCCCCUUCAGCCGCCUCAUCUACCCGGUUCCCGAGCUCGGGCUUGCAGGGCUGGGCACCCACCUGACGCUGGACAUGGGCGGGGGCGCCCGCUUCGGACCUGACGUGGAGUGGCUGCCGCAGCCGGGACUACAACCCGUGGCGCCGGACUAUCGGGUGGACCCCCGGCGUUGCGAGGCCUUCUACCCCGCCAUCCGCCGCUUCUUCCCUGGCCUGCCUGACGGGGCGCUGCAGCCGGCGUACAGCGGGGUGCGACCCAAGCUGUCGGGACCCGGGGAGCCGGCAGCGGACUUUCUGGUGCAGGGGGCGGUGGGUGGGCAUGGCGUGCGCGGCUGGGUGAACUUGUUUGGGAUUGAGUCGCCGGGGCUCACGUCAAGUUUGGCACUGGCGGAGCAUGUGUGUAAGGUGCUGGAGAGUGAGGCGUGAGGCGUGAGGAGCUG